AUGGAAGAAUAUAAUUUAGGUAUAACCUGUGAUAUGCAUGUUCAUGUCAGGGAGGGAGCUAUGUGUGAGUUAGUAGUUCCAACAAUUAAGCAAGGUGGGAUAUCUCUUGCAUAUAUUAUGCCGAACCUACAACCACCCAUUACUACAUUAGAUCGUGUCAUCAAAUAUAAGGAAACAUUACAAGCCAUUUCACCUGAUACUACAUUUUUAAUGAGUUUCUAUUUAUCUAAGGAUUUGACUCCCGAGUUGAUACAUAAGGCGGCAAAGUUGAAUGCUAUUUCUGGUGUUAAAUGUUAUCCGGCAGGUGUCACAACUAAUUCUGCUAGUGGAGUUGAUCCUAAUGAUUUCAGUGCCUUUUAUCCGAUAUUCAAAGCUAUGGAAGCUGAAGGAUUGGUUUUGAAUAUACAUGGCGAAAAACCCUCAAUGGCUAAUAAAAAUGAUACUGGUGAAACUGAAGACAUCCAUCUCUUGAAUGCAGAGGAAAAGUUUUUACCUGCGUUAAAGAAACUACAUAAUGAUUUUCCCAAAUUAAAGAUAAUUCUUGAGCAUUGCACCACAGAGGCAGCUAUUAAUACCAUUAUAGAAAUAAAUAAGGAUAUUAAAGAUAUCUCAGAAGUAAAGGUAGCAGCUACUUUAACUGUUCAUCAUUUGUACUUAACUAUUGAUGACUGGGCAGGAAACCCAAUUAAUUUCUGCAAGCCGGUUGCCAAACUUCCAAAUGAUAAAAGAGCAUUAAUAAAGGCUGCGAUCUCAGGUAAGCCAUAUUUUUUCUUUGGAUCAGAUUCUGCGCCCCACCCGUUAAUGAACAAGGCAAGGCAUGUUGGUGUUUGUGCUGGGGUCUUCACCCAAUCGCUUGUUAUACCAUAUUUAGCUCAAGUCUUUGAAGAAUUUAAUGCACUUGAUAAAUUAAAAGAUUUUGUAUCCACGUUCGGUCUUAGAUUUUAUAAUGUGAAAGAAACUGAUAUUAAGUCUAAAAAGGACACAAUUAUUUAUAGAAAAGAGAUUAAAGUGCCUGAGGAGAUUACUGAUGAAAAAGGCACGAUCGUCGUACCAUUCAAAGCUGGCGAUACUUUGAAGUGGUCUGUUAAGUUUCAAUCGACGUAG